UCAAAUGUCAUUUAAAUAAAAUUUAGGUUAGAGUUUACAUGAUUUUCUUUGAGUAUUUAGUAUACGAAAAUAUUUACUAAAUGAUGCAAUGAUAGACAGAUGAUUUAAAAAAAUUGCAUUAUAUAGUAAUAUCACUAAAAAGUCCGAAAGCAACUCCUAAGAGGCGUUAAAAUGUUUCUAAAAAUAUUGCAACAUUCGAAACUCUUGAAUUUGAAACAAAGUGUAACUCGUCAUUAUUGUACGCAUACUAGGAAAAUAAAAUCAGUUGAUGUAAAAAAAAUUGGACCUUUUGGUUGGUUUCUUUUAGUGAUUCCCGCUACAACAUUUUCGUUAGGCGUUUGGCAAAUGCAAAGAAAAAAAUGGAAAGAACAACUUAUAGCAGAUUUACAAGAAAGAACUGCCAGUCAUCCGGUUAAAUUACCAGAGGAUUUGGAUAAUCUAAAGGAUUUGGAAUAUAAAGCUAUCCAUGUGAGAGGUGAAUUUCUUCACGAUAAAGAAUUAUACAUUGGACCCCGUUCAGUGUUGGUGAAAGGUGAUGCUUCUACAAAAAGUUCACUCGUAUCCGGAAGUGCAAAUACGACUCAGGGUUAUUUGGUUGUCACUCCAUUUAAGUUGGAAAAUAGAGAUGAUACUAUAUUGAUAAAUAGAGGAUGGGUACCUAAUAAACUCAAAGAUCCAAAAACUAGACAAGAAGGUCAAGUUAAUGGAGUUGUGGAUGUAAUCGGUAUAUUAAGAACUCAUGAACCUAGACCUAAUUUCACCAUGAAAAAUAGAGAAGGAAGUAACAUCUAUUUUUAUAGGGAUUUGAAUCAUAUGACGGCAGUAACUGGAGCUUCGCCAAUUUUCUUAGAUGCUACCAACGAUUUUGAUAUUCCAAAUGGACCUAUAGGAGGACAAACUAGAAUUUCUCUGAGAAAUGAACAUUUGUCAUAUAUUUUGACUUGGUUUAGUUUAUGUGGUGCUACUAGUUUUAUGUGGUAUAAAAAGUUCAUCAAAUAAAUAAAUAAUCGUUAUAUAGUGUUGAAUAAAUUAGAUUAAGAGUUUCUCGGAUGAUGUGGAUAUUUUAUUUGGCAAAUAACCCAACAAAAAACUGAUACGAUACGCAUUACAAACAACAAAGACACCAUAGAGACACCAAAGGAUCUACUAUGCGAAUGUCCUGUUGGUUAUAGCAAUAUAGGCUUAAGUACCUCGAAGGAGUAGGGAAUUUGGAUGAAAAACACCAGAAAAAUAGCUACAUUUGAGAAAAAUUUGUUUUUUUGAGGUAGAACAACAACACAAAAUAUAUUUUUAAAUAUACGACGAUUACACCGUAGAAAGACUUAAUACAGGUACACAAUAAUCCUUCCAUCCCUAACUGGUAUUUAUGUCCUAAUAGUGUACAACUAAAUAAACCUCCCCGUUAUACUUGAAACACUUUUUGGGAAAAACCAAUAUACCUGCCUCUUACCUUUUCAUACUUAUACGAAACCAGGCGAGACGUUUGGAAUCGAGGAGAAAUUCAUUCUGUCCCGGGACAUCGAAACGACCAGCCGAGAUUUCAACGAAGCUACGCCGUUUCCA